AUGGGUCCUAAUAUAUCCUGCUUAGCUCCAAAACCUCAAAUAAACGCUGAAGUUGAGCUUGAUAAAAAGCAAUCAAUAAAGAAAAACAAUCGCACGAAGUCCACUUUACAAAGUGUAAUAAAAAUCCAAUCAGCCUGAAGAGGCUAUAAAAUUCGAUCUCAAUACAGCCCAAUCUUUUUUCCCAAAUGAGAAACGCCCCAAUGCAAACUUGCAGAGAAAAGGAUGCCACCUUAUAAAUAUCCUGAAUCCUCCAUAUCUGGAGAUUACAACAAAAAGCCCAUAAAAUUGGAAACCGGAGAAGUCUACCUCGGAGAGUGGUUUAAUAAUAAACGUCACGGCAAAGGUAUGCAAAUCUGUCCAAAUGGCUCGAAAUAUAUCGGUUAUUGGUAUAAUGGUAACGAGCACCUACAUGGGAGAUAUAUUCAUCCGAAUGGAGAUUUAUAUGAAGGAGAAUGAAAUGAAGGAAAAGUGCAUGGAAAAGGAAAAUUCAUUCACUAUGAUGGAGCACAGUAUGUAGGGGAAUGAGUAAAUGAAAAACAGCAAGGACAAGGCAAAGAAAUUUGAAAUGAUGGCGCAACUUAUGAGGGGCAAUAUUUCGAAGGAAGAAAACAUGGAUAUGGAGAAUUCCAUUGAGUUGAUGGGUCAUGGUAUAAAGGCCAUUUUGUGGACAAUAACAUUGAGGGGAAAGGGAUCUAUUGUUGGACUGAUGGAAGAAUGUAUAAUGGAGCGUGGGUGAAUAAUAAAAUGCAUGGACCUGGGACUUUUGACUGGCCUGAUGGAAAAAGGUUCACGGGAUAUUAUUUUCAAGACAAAAAGCAUGGGGAAGGAAUUCUCACACUAGCUGAUGGCAGAAAAUUCAUAGGGAACUGGGUGCACGGGAAGCAGCAAGGCCAAGGCAAAUUUAUUUUACCUACUAAAGAUGAAACGAUUAAUUAG